GUCAAUUUUGGGCCAAUUCGAAGUUAAUAGACCUCAGGCCCAUGGAGUACUAACAAGAGACUUUGCAGUAUGAAUAAACUAAAUAAAUGGCUGAUUGAGAGCCCAGCCCAGCCCAGCCCAGAAGAUAAUAAGGGAAAUGGAAACCCUAACCCGCUUUCUUCUCACCGUUUUAAAGCUCAUCUCCGCCGUCAUCCGAGCUCAGCGAAAGGGGGCCGGUUCGAUCUUCAAAUCCCACACCCACCACCGGAAGGGGGCGGCGAAGCUCCGCGCUCUUGAUUACGGCGAGCGGAAUGGCUACCUGAAGGGCGUGGUGACAGAGAUCGUCCACGAUCCCGGCCGCGGCGCGCCUCUCGCUCGCGUCUCCUUCCGCCACGCCUUCCGGUACCAGAAGCAGAAGGAGCUCUUCGUCGCCGCCGAGGGGAUGUACACCGGACAGUUCUUGUACUGCGGUAAGAAGGCCUCCCUCAUGGUGGGAAACGUCCUGCCUCUCGGAUCCGUCCCGGAAGGUGCCGUCAUCUGCAAAGUCGAGCACAAGGUUGGUGAUUACGCCAUCGCCAUCAGUCACAACCCUGACAACGGCACUACUAGAUAGAAGAAAGGAAGCAGUAUCAACUACCUUAAUAAUUUCUCUGACGCAACUCUGGGAGCAGCAAUCAAGCGGCGGCUUGGUUACCAGUCCACUACACGAUUUGGAUCGGCUCGCAUUGGUGAAUGUAUUUUAAUAAGCUUAAUUUACAAAGGUAGAAAAUGUCAACAAUCGGAAACAUACAUGUAACUCACAAACAGGCUACACUGAUAAAUUGUCUCCUACUUAGCUUAUCGAAAAUGGAAUCCAAAGGAAAUGUUUGACUUAUUAGUUGGAAGGAAAUAUU